UGGGAUGGGUAAUCUUCUUAAGGUCCUUACCAGGGAAAUUGAAAACUAUCCACAUUUUUUCCUGGAUUUUGAAAAUGCACAGCCCACAGAUGGAGAAAGGGAGGUAUGGAAUCAGAUCAGUGCAGUUUUACAGGACUCGGAAAGUAUGCUUGCAGACCUUCAGGCUUACAAAGGAGCUGGACAAGAAAUUAGAGAUGCAAUACAAAAUCCCAAUGAUAUCCAGUUGCAAGAAAAAGCAUGGAAUUCAGUAUGUCCUCUGGUUGUAAGGCUGAAGCGCUUUUAUGAGUUUUCACUCAGAUUAGAGAAAGCCCUGCAGAGCUUAUUGGAGUCCUUGACGUGCCCACCUUAUACUCCAACUCAGCACCUGGAACGGGAACAGGCUCUAGCGAAAGAGUUUGCAGAAAUCUUACAUUUUACUCUUCGUUUUGAUGAACUUAAGAUGAGAAACCCAGCAAUUCAGAAUGACUUCAGUUAUUAUAGGCGGACAAUAAGUCGCAACAGAAUAAACAACAUGCAUCUAGACAUUGAGAAUGAAGUAAAUAAUGAAAUGGCCAAUAGGAUGUCCCUGUUUUAUGCAGAAGCCACACCAAUGCUGAAAACACUCAGUAAUGCAACUACACAUUUUGUAUCAGAAAACAAAACAUUACCAAUUGAAAAUACAACGGACUGUCUCAGUACUAUGGCUAGUGUAUGUAAAGUCAUGUUGGAAACACCAGAGUACAGGAGUAGAUUCACCAGUGAAGAGACCCUUAUGUUCUGCAUGCGAGUAAUGGUGGGAGUUAUUAUUCUGUACGAUCACGUUCAUCCUGUAGGAGCUUUCUCAAAGACAUCAAAGAUUGAUAUGAAGGGGUGCAUAAAAGUUUUAAAGGAACAACCACCUGAUGCUGUGGAAGGACUUCUGAAUGCUCUCAGGUUCACUACAAAACACCUGAAUGAUGAAUCUACUUCAAAACAAAUUCGAGCUAUGCUGCAGUAGUACCUGAGACAAAUAGAUGUUUGUAUUGAUCACAGAAGAUGUGUAUGUUUACAUAAUUUAAUACAGUUUGAUGUUAAUACUUGUGUGUAUUUACAUAACCAUUUUCUUCACAUUGCUAAAAUAUAUGAAUCUGUUCAUAACCUGACUGACUUUAUAUAGUGCAGCCUAAGUUUUUAUGGUAGCCUUUAUAUUUUGACUUUUAAAAUACUUUUUUACUUAGAUACUUCAGCUAUGACAGUUUAUCUGUUCAUUUUAAUCCUUAAACACCUUCUCUAUCAGAGAAGUAAGUAGUAGUGAGGACAAAAUUGAAAUCAAAUAAACUGAAAUGUCAACGAUACCACAGAAAAGGAACUUUAAAGAAGGAGAAAGUUAAUAUAAGAGAAAGUAAAAUUCAUUGGAUAUGUUUUAAGAACAUGUGCACAGUUUUUUAGUCAGUCAGUUUUAAGAUCUUAUCAAACUUGUAUGAAUAGGAGAAUACCUGAAUGUUCAUCACUCUCAUAGAAUAUGUUGUCUUUCCUGUAAUAAGUGGAGAACCACCUAAUUUUAAGGAUUAUGUGCUGGCUGACAUCCAAAAACUUACUGCAAAGAGGUCAUUUUACUUUUUUUAUUAAGUAUAACCUGCACCUUUCAACAAUUGAGGAAAUUAAUAUCUUUUUUCAGAUUCAGUAUAAAUAAACAAAGAAUGUGUUUCAAGGCCAUUGCUAGAUUUUGAAAUUUCUGUAUAAUUUUAUUACAUUUAGAA